AUGGGUUCACUAACUGAAAUGGGUUCACUAACUGAAAUGGGUUCAGUCACUGAAGUAAUGGAAGAAAAUAAUAUUGUUGAUGAUUGUAGUUGGAAGCCGAAAGUGGAAAUGUCAUUUGACUCUGAACAAGCCGUAUAUGACUUUUACAAUAUGUAUGGGGGAAAGAUGGGCUUUAGUAUUAGGAAGGCCUAUGCAAACAAAAACAAACAUACGAAGGAGAUAACAUCACGAAAAUAUAUUGCUUGUGAUUUUGUUGAACAUCAUUAUCAUGAUCUUAUGCCUCAAGAUUGUAUUCAUAUGUUGUCAUCCCAAAGAAAAAUAUCUACCACCCAAGCAAUUGAAGUAGAAUUAGCUUCACAAUCUGGAAUUCCUCUUAGGUCUGCUUAUGAACUAUUUGGUAGGGAAUCUGGUGGAAGAGCAUCACUUGAUUUCACCAAAUUAGACCAAAAAAAUUACCUAAGAUCGAAGAGACAAAAAGAUUUGGAAUAUGGAGAAACGGGUAGUGUGUUGCAUUACUUUCGUAAGAAAACUGUGGAAAAUCCAUCUUUUUUUUGUGCAGUCCAAUUAGAUUGUGAUGAGCAGAUAAGUAAUAUAUUUUGGGCUGAUGCUCAAAUGAUCAUGGACUAUGCUCAGUUUGGUGAUGUAGUGACAUUUGACACUACUUACAAACUAAAUAACGAGCAUAGACCUUUUGGAACAUUUGUUGGAUUUAAUCAUCAUCGAGAAACAAUUAUAUUCGGUGCAGCGUUGAUGUAUGAUGAGACUGCUGAAUCUUUUACAUGGUUGUUUUAA